AUGGGCUUCCUACACGUCCCAACUUUCAUGGAGCGCCUAAAGGGCCCUACGCAACUUGAAACUCAGCAAUCCGGGCUUAUUUAUAUAAUGUGUGCGCUAUCUGCGCCCUUCUACUAUGCAGACACUAUUGGUUUUGUCGGGGAAGAAGACCAGAAAAAGGAAAUACAAUUCUUCGAUGCAGGAAAAGGCUGGGCAGAAGCCGCGAGCCAAUGUCUGUUCUCCGGUUUCGGGCAAACUGGGACGGAGCGUUUGAUGACUGAAGUCCUGCUCCAUGAGUACUAUCUACGACAAGGAGACUACGCCAAAGGCUUUAUGAUUUCUGGCCAGAUAGCUCGACACCUCCAAAUUCUGCAGAUCAACAUUGAAGCUAAUUCCGAUCCCUCGUGUCAAAAGAUUUCAGUCUCUGGCGUAACGAAGGAAUCCCGCAGGCGGCUAGUAUGGGCAUGUUAUAUCCUCGACGCCUUCAUUGAAUGCGGCAUCGAUCAACUCCGCCUCAUCUUAGCAGAAGACAUCCAUGUUCAGUUACCAUGCUCAGAAGAAUUAUUUGUCAGAAGCACGCCGUGCAUCACCGAAACCUUGACACCAGGCCAGUACCUCCCUUCGGUGACUCCGACGCCCAAAACAAUCACAGAAGCCUCAAACAAUCUUGAUAUGCGCGGAUUCUACAUUCGCGCUCUAAACACCCGCUCAAAAAUCCUCAAAUACGUAAAAUGCCUCGCAGGCGAAGUUCCCUGGCAACGAAACCCAACAUCCCGGUUUCACAUCCUCGAAGACGAGCUCCAUACCCUCGAGACCUCAAUCCCACCAGCGCUCCAAAUCUCCACUGAAAAUAUGUAUCUUUUCAAAGCCUCCGGUCGGCUAAGCCUCUAUUUCAGCCUGCACAUUUUGAUCUCACAGAACUACCACGAUCUCUACCGGAUCGGCGUCUCGCGCCUGGUCUUUCCAAAUAGUGCAACGCAAUGGAUCCGCGAGAACGCCCCGAGUGCCUUCCUGGUAACGUGCCACACGAUCUGCGCACAGAAGGCAGUAUAUAUCGCCUCCCUGCUGAAAGAUCUCUGGGUUUGCCACAGACUUAGUAUUGUCGAUACACCCUUCGCGAUGUAUAUCCAGGUGUGCAGUAGUGUAAUUGUCACGACGCUUGCUUCGUGGGGAAGGGAUGAGCCUUUGAUUCCUGGGAUGGGCUAUGGUGAGUAUCGUGCCAUGCUGAGGGAUAAUGUUAUUAUGCUGCGGUUUCUGCAGCGAUAUAUCAAAGCGAGUAUGUACUAUGAGUCUGCAGUGCAGGCUUUGAACCGGUUCGAUGAAUUGUUUUCAUUGGAUUGUACAGGGCCUGGGAGUGCUAAUACACCGGCGCUAGUGGAUGCACGGGCUGGUGGUAGCGCUGACCGGACCGGGGGUUCCUCUCAGAUCCAGCUUACUCUUGAGUAUGUUUUGAACCCACUGGGGACGUACCCGAUGGCUCGAAAGCAAAUUGAGAAUGGGGAUGGAGAGGGGGAGGUGGGGAAUUGUCCUGGAGAAGACGUACCAGUCGCUGAAGAAAUAGCAGUUCUAGAUGAUAGUAUCAGGCCGUCAGGGGAGGAUGAUUUGGGUAGUUUUACGUUCCCGAGCGAGAUGCUGUUUGCGGGAAAUGUCUUCGACUGGGAGCCUGAGAUGCCCAUGAUGCCUGGUAUCGGAUAUCCGACGUUUCUUGGGCAUUUUUCUGUUGAUGCACCCCGAGGACUUUGA